AUGACCACAGUGGCACAACACUGGGCCUCCUCUCUGAAUAGGAGGCCUGCUGAAUAGAAGGAACUCAAGCUGACCAGACACUUUGAAAUGCUUGUUUGAGAUACAUUAGCUACAUUGCUGUGCAGACAUAGCCUACAGAAAGCUGCUCUCUUGAGGCAGACAUGGUCAAAGCCAGAACAUACAAACUCUCCUCCUCAGUGAAGGUGGAGCAGCUUGAGGCUGAACUCUCUUUACAGCUGCAGGCGUUGAGGACUGAAAUUGAAAACAAUGAAACACAUGGAUUAUUCACAAAAUCUUACAGCUCUGUCCACAUUCCCAAGGAUGUGUCUUAUUUUCGCACAGAGAGGCAGCAAGUUCUCCAGAAAGGACUGAAGGUUGCAGGGGUGAAACCUGUAGUGUCCCAAGCUGGGGUAAUUCAGAAGGAGCUGGAGAGCUGCCUGGGCCAAGAGUACACACCUGAGAGCUUACCACUCUUACUGCACCAGUUCUUUACAGAUCGAACAUAUCAGCUUGCCCAGUUUAAAUACCAGCUUAUGUUGAGGUGGAAGAGAUUUUGUCGCCAUUCUAUUAUCUUGGAGCAGUUGUAUCCUCAGUACAAGGACCACAUGACUCACUUGACAAAGGAGUUUGAGGAUGCUAAGCACAGAGCUCAUAGGCUCGCUGUAUCCAGAGAAAGGGUUCUCACAGGCACUGGGAACCCCAUCAAUGUGGUCAUGCCAGAAGAUGUGGUCAUCUAUUUGCAGUGGCUUAUAUGCCACCUACACUCAGUUAAGACCAUUCACUGUUUCCUGCAUGUACUUCAUUAUCUUCCCAUGUGUGAGAGAAGAGAGGAAGAUAAGAGCAGUUUUCCAAACUUCAGCUCACCUGCUGAAUUUUCAGGCAUGUUUGGAUCCCCAUUAAAAGUACCUUUACACGCUGUAAAAUUAGACGGAUUCCGAGCUCAACUCAAACACCUACUCUCACAUUACAAGAUUCAGUACAAUACAGAGUCCAUCAAGACUUCUGCUGAUCACUUCGAACUCUUUAGCAUGGUCAAAAAUGAGUUCAAGGCCAUCUUCCAAAGUCAAAAUGUGAUGAGUACCUUUCUACAGUAUGAAAGCACAGAGGCUGUAGACACAAAGUGGGGAAGGAGAAGUCCAAACAUGGCUCUCAGGAAGGAAUGCAACUGGAUUCCCCAUAUUCGGGUGAAACCAAAGAGAGACCCCUGGCAACAGAAACAAAUGUUCAGACUGAAAGAAAUGAGAUGUGUGGACGAAUUUCUUCAGAUGCACUCCAGAUCCUGUGAGGUUUCAGAUCUCCUGAGAGUCGGUGAAAUCUUGAUGCAGCAUGCAGCUUUUGUCUGUGAGCCAAAGUCCAUGGAGUCUUUAUCUGUGACCUCAAAGCCCACUGCAAUGUCUGAUUCCUUGAAUAUUUGGAGAAGUAUCUAUAACAUCCCACAUCUUUCUCAGGCAUGGGACUGUUUGAAUUCUAGAUGAAAGUAGUGUGGUUGGUUGGUUUUGGUUUAUCCAACAAAUAAAACAAAACAUGUAUUUACAUAUAUUAGCCAUUUUUCAUUUUUGGGAGAAAUUUG